GAACCUUCAGUUUUCCAAAACACUUUGCGGAUGCAGGUAGCAAAACUGUUGAUUUUUGACAUCAGGUGUUAUCCGCCAUGGCCGUGAAAAGUGAAAAAAUAAGGGCAAAAUCCCGUGGACUGCCACCACCCUUUGGCCAAGCGGUCUACAAUAUCGUGAAAAACUCUUACAAAUUGUACAACUCCGAUCCAGUUUUGAAAUGCAUAUUGUACAACUUGAACAAUUAUUUUCUCUCGCAAUUUGGAAUGAUCAGCAUUCACUAUGCAGUUUCUCAAACAACAUCAGUACCUCUUCUGGAACUGCUGAUCUUAUUGGGUGCAGAUUUCAACUGUCAGAACAAUCGUGGCGAAACUCCUCUGCAUGUAGCAGUUCGAAAAGAAAAUUUAACUUUUGUCAAGAUGCUCCUAAGAAUUGGUGCAGACACCAACAUCCACAAUAAAAGAGGCGCUACUCCACUUCAGGAAGCCUUGAUGCAGAAAGACACAGACAUGGUGAAAUUGCUCGCAUCUAAAGGAUCUGAUGACAUCCUUUUUGCUGAUGAUGAUGACCUCAUCAAAUUUCUUCGAAGCAAGGAGAACAAAGUCAACAUCUCCGGCAGUAAUUUUUCAACCCUACUCUAUUUUACAGCCAGAUUCAACAUGGAAGACGCUUUUUCUCAAGUUCUCGCAGGCUCUUCAGCUUUCGACGUCAACGCCAAAGAUCCUUACGACACUUCUUUACUUUCCUAUUUAAUUCAAAUGCGCAAGGAAAAUAUGAUCAAAUGUUUGAUUGUGCAUGGAGUUGAUCUGAAUGCUGAAGAUCCUUACGGAAACACUCCGUUGAUGUUGGCGUGUAAAAUUGCAAAAGAGUCGAUUGCUAUUCGUCUUGCUUCAGAAAGUGUCAGAAUUUUGAAGAUGUUAGCUGCUGAAAUAACGAGAAUGAAAUGUCAAGGCGAAGUGGUUAGUUCAAAAAAUGUUGAGGCCUUGAAUCACGAAGUCCUUGGAGGAUUUUCAGCUGAAUGUCAAAUUGAAUUUCGUCGUUUGAGAGAAAAAAAAGUUGUCUGCGGUAAAAGAACCCGUCUUUCGCGAUUUUUGAAAUACAAUGUUAAAAAAUUAAGACCGGUGGUUAGGAGCCAGGAUAAAAUUGAGAUUUCUUGUUCAGUUAGAUCCGAAGAAUUUCCGAUUUACGCCGACAGGUUGAUACAAAACAUCGGACAAGUCAACUCGAAAAUAGCAACUGUGCGAGUAUAAUUUUAAUGUCCGACUAUACUUUUAUAGUUUAGGAUUUAUUUUUAUACAAUUUUUUGUGUAAACUGUCAAACGUAAUUUUACCUGAUAACUUAACAAUGAAUUUUAAUCUAAGACAUAUAGAUUUAUUUUAGAUAGUUUGAAGUUUGUAAAUUGUAAAUAUAGCUUGUAUUCCUUUGGGUUUAAGGAACUUUUAAACAAAUUUUUAAAUAAAGACAAA